AUGUGCAGCGUAACAAAGAAUAAGCGGAAGCGCGGCCGCCGGCCCAAAAACCGAUCGCCGGUGACCACUGUCGCAAGCGACACCACCUCCUCCCCCACCCCAGUAGCCAAUGACGUUAUCUUUUCCGUCAAUAACGUUGAGCUUAUUGACCCCACUCACCCUCUGUCCUCUACACCCCAUCGCCGCCGCGGCCGCCCCCGCAAGACUCCCAAAAUCGACAGCUCGAAAACCUUACCCGUCCCGGCUCCUCCAAUCGCCAAUGGAUGUGCUGCCACUGCGCUGAUCACUGCAGAGAACGCGGUGGCGAGGGUGGUCCCAUCGAUGGACGCGGUGGUGAAGGUGUUCUGCGUUCAUACGGAGCCAAAUUUUUCUUUGCCGUGGCAGAGGAAAAGGCAGUACAGCUCGAGCAGUAGCGGGUUUGUUAUUAAUGGUCGGAGGGUUUUGACGAAUGCUCACUCCGUGGAGCAUUACACUCAAGUCAAGUUGAAGAAAAGAGGUUCUGAUACAAAGUAUGUUGCCACGGUGCUCGCCAUCGGCACUGAAUGUGAUAUCGCUAUGCUUGCAGUAGAUGAUGAUGAGUUCUGGGAAGGGGUGUCUCCUCUAGAAUUUGGUGAUUUACCUGCAUUGCAAGAUGCAGUGACUGUUGUGGGUUACCCAAUUGGGGGUGAUACAAUCUCUGUGACAAGUGGGGUAGUUUCACGCAUAGAGAUUCUUUCAUAUGUCCAUGGGUCCACUGAACUUCUGGGAUUACAGAUAGAUGCCGCUAUAAACUCUGGAAAUUCGGGAGGACCUGCUUUUAAUGACAAGGGAAAUUGUGUCGGUAUUGCAUUUCAAUCCCUCAAACACGAGGAUGCAGAGAAUAUCGGUUAUGUCAUCCCAACACCAGUCAUCAGGCACUUCAUCCAAGAUUAUGAAAAAAAUGGAGCAUAUACUGGAUUCCCUAUUCUAGGAGUUGAAUGGCAGAAGAUGGAAAAUCCAGACUUGCGAUUGUCGAUUGGGAUGAAACCAGAUCAGAAGGGUGUUCGUAUAAGAAGAAUCGAUCCAACUGCUCCAGAAUUCAAAAUUUUGAAGCCAUCUGAUGUCAUCCUUAGCUUUGAUGGGGUUGAUAUUGCCAAUGACGGAACAGUUCCAUUUAGGCACGGAGAGCGCAUAGGUUUUAGCUAUCUUGUAUCACAGAAAUAUACUGGAGAUAGCGCAGCAAUAAGAGUUCUUCGCAAUUCUGAAACUCUGAAAUUCAAUAUCGAACUUGGUUCUCAUCGGAGGCUCAUUCCAGCUCACAACAAGGGUAGACCUCCCUCGUAUUAUAUCGUUGCUGGGUUUGUUUUUACAAGUGUUUCCGUUCCAUAUCUCCGUUCUGAGUAUGGAAAAGAUUACGAGUUUGAAGCUCCUGUCAAGCUGUUAGACAAACUCAUGCAUGAAUUGCCACAAUCUCCAGAGGAACAGAUUGUUGUAGUUUCCCAGGUACUCGUGGCUGACAUAAAUAUAGGAUAUGAGGAACUUGUCAACACUCAGGUUCAUGCUUUCAAUGGUCAUCCAGUGAAGAAUCUGAAGAGCUUGGCCAGCAUGGUAGAGAGCUGCAACGAUGAAUAUUUGAAAUUCGAUUUAGAAUACCAGCAGAUCGUUGUCCUUAAAACAAAGACUGCGAAAGCGGCAACUUUGGACAUCCUUGCCACCCACUGUAUACCGUCUGCCAUGUCAGAUGAUCUCAAGACCUGA